AUGGCCACCACGACGAUACUAUGUCACUUCCCAGUGUCGCGCCCUGUGAUCGGCGAUCCCAGGACAGACCUAAGAUACUUUCAUUAUCUCAAACUGCGGCGCUGUGCCAAGAUGGCUCUUACAUUGGCGUCCUUUGCUGGCCCAAAUCCCACCCCUUCCUUGGAGAAUUUCGCUCCGGCGCGUGGGACUGACCUCCGUAUUCACGAUCCUAACAUUAUCAAAGUCGGCAACACCUACUAUUCCUACAGCGUGGGAGAACACCUCGUCAUCCACCAGGCCCCAGGACUUGAUGGACCAUGGAAACAAACCGACUGCGUAUUAGAUAAAGAUAGUAUCAUCCCCAAAGGCGACCGCAAAGCUCCGUGGGCUCCGACCACCAUCGAAGUAAAAGGUACGUUUUACUGCUACUACGCUGUUAGUCAGGCCGGCUGUCGCGAUAGCGCGAUCGGCGUCGCUACGUCUACAUCGCCUGGGCCGGGGUCCUGGAUCGACCGCGGCGCUAUCAUCCACUCUGGUACCGGGAUAGGGUCAGACAUAUAUCCAAUGGAUGUGUCGAAUGCCAUCGAUCCAAGCGUUUUCAUCACCACCGACGGCAGGGGGUAUCUGACCUUCGGAAGCUAUUGGAGCGGCAUCUGGCAGAUUCCAUUGUCCAAGGACCUGGUAUCGAUCGAUAAUGGUAGUCUAGCUGAGGCACAUCAUUUGGCGUAUGAGCCGCAAGUGAUAUUGCCUGUUCGACAGAUUCAGGAGAAUCCUCUAUGUGGAGAUCCCUCGGGAGGACAUCCGGUCGAGGGAGGGUUUGUUGCUUAUCAUGCGCCGUAUUAUUAUCUUUGGUUUAGCUGGGGCAAAUGCUGCAAGUAUAAUAUCCGUGUUGGUCGAUCUGUCUCUCCACGGGGCCCUUUUGUGGAUAAACAGGGCAGGGACUUGGUGGACGGCGGCGGAGAGAUCGUGUAUGGCUCGAAUAGAGAUGUGUAUGCUCCUGGUGGUCAGGGAGUGUUGACUGAUGGGGAGGUGGAUAUUCUGUACUAUCACUACUUGAACAAGACUGUUGGAUACGAAUUCUGGGAUGCUCGACUGGGUUAUAACCUGUUAGAAUAUGUUGACGGCUGGCCUGUUGCCGUAUGA